GCCAAAUCAUUGAUGCAUUUUCCGAGCGCCUCCAGCCGCUCUUCUUCCGCUGGACGACACUGACUGCGGGUGCACCUCUGUGGUCGUUCUCAUCAGAGUUCAUCCACCACCUGAGCUUUGUCAUCCUCCCGCGAGUGCACUAAUCAAGUCCCGCGAUGCCUCCCAAGUUUGAUCCCACCGAGAUCAAGACCGUGUGUCUAAGAUGUGUUGGCGGAGAAAUGGCUGCCACCUCUUCCUUGGCCCCCAAGAUCGGUCCCCUCGGUCUGUCCCCCAAGAAGGUGGGUGACGAUAUCAUGAAGGCGACUGGUGAUUGGAAAGGCCUGAAAGUGACUGUCAAGCUCAUCAUCCAAAACAGGCAAGCCCGAGUGGAGGUUGUCCCCUCAGCUGCUUCCCUAGUUAUCAAGGCACUCAAGGAGCCCCCACGUGACCGCAAGAAGGUCAAGCACAUUAAGCAUAAUGGAAACUUGACCCUGGACCAGAUGAUUGAUAUUGCCCGCACAAUGAGACCACGUUCCCAGGCAAAGGCCCUCUCAGGUACUCUGAAGGAGGUUCUGGGAAGUGCACAGAGUGUUGGGUGCACAGUCGAAGGACAGAACCCCCAUGACAUCAUUGAGGGUAUUAACGAUGGCAGCGUCGAAGUCCCUGAAGAGUAAGGUGUGGCAUUGCCUGCCAGCCAACACACCAAAGACCCUGGGAGAAGAAUACACGAAGAGACCAAGAUUCUCUGACCAAGAA